UAGAAAAAUAAUAAAUUAGAUUGCUUCAAAUAUAUACAGGAUUUUAAUUAAUUGUGAUGGCUCUCAAGUACUUUGUCUUGACCAUUGCCAUUUUGGCUGUGGUGAUUUCAAUAAGUCAUGCAUCUGAUCCUAGUCCUUUGCAAGAUUUUUGUGUUGCUGUUAAUGACUCCAAGGCUGCUGUUUUCGUGAAUGGAAAAUUUUGCAAGGAUCCAAAGGAUGUCACUGCUGAUGACUUCUUUAGAGCAAGUCUAAAUAUACCUGGAAAUACUUCAAAUCAACUUGGAUCUGCUGUAACUGCGGUGAACGUCAAUAACUUACCUGGACUCAACACUUUGGGCAUUUCUUUAGCUCGUAUUGAUUACGCCCCAUAUGGUCUCAACCCACCUCAUACUCACCCCCGAGCAACUGAGUUUCUUGUUGUCCUUGAGGGCACGCUCUAUGUUGGCUUCGUGCUUUCAAACCCCGGUCCAAAUAUGAAGAAUAAACUAUUUACCAAGAUUCUACAUGCUGGAGAUGUGUUUGUUUUCCCGAUAGGUCUCAUUCAUUUUCAAUUUAAUGUGGAAAAGACUAAGGCUGUUGCACUUGCUGGACUCAGUAGCCAAAAUCCAGGAGUCAUCACUAUAGCAAAUGCAGUAUUUGGCUCAGACCCACCAAUCAAUGAUGAUAUCCUCGCCAAAGCAUUCCAAGUUGAUAAGAAAGUGAUCGAUCACCUUCAAGCACAAUUCUGGUGGGAUAACAACUAAAACAGUAUAAGCCAAAUAAUACUAUGAUGCCAUUAUUUGUGCUUGUUUUUGGAAUUUAAGAUUCAUAAAUAAAAUUCAGGAUCUAGUCCAUUGGACUAGUUUUCCUUGAUCUUUGUAUUGCAUGUACUAAACGAGGAUUUCUUACGGUGUGUUUAAGUAAAAUUACGUUUAUCA